AUGGAAAGAGGCAGUGAUUGUGAACGCCCAGGCAGCUCACAGGAGUAUAAAAGACCUGUGUUAGGAAAUCUUCAAGCUGAAAUCUUGCAGCUGGAUCCUGUGGUUUCUGCUGAAGAAGGAGAUGAUGUGAUUUUACCUUGCUUUCAUCCCAAAGAACAAAUAAAUAAUGUGUUGUGGUACAAACAGCUGACUGGACAGAAGCCUGUACUACUCGCCUCUUCAUAUUACAGAACUCAACCCUUUAAAUUCUAUAACGACUUCGAUAUGCCAAAACGCUUUGAUUUAUUAAGAGCUGAUGGGAGCUCCAACCUUUCCAUCACCAGCAUUCAACAAUCGGAUUCAGCUGUGUACUACUGCGCUGUGGCUUUCUCCAACGUUGUCAGCUUCGGCGCUGGCACAGUUUUAUUGUUAAAAGGGCACCAUUCCAACAAGUACACUGUUCAGCAGCUCCCUGUACCACACCUUCUUUACCCCAAAGACUCAGUGACUCUACAGUGCUCAGUGAUCACUAAUAUAUGCGCAGGAGAUCACAGUGUGUACUGGUUCAGACACGGAUCAGGAGAAUCUGAUCCAGGAAUCAUCUUCACUCAUGGAAACAGGAGUGAUCAGUGUAAGAAAAGCUCUGAGACUGUUUCUCCUACACAGAGCUGUAUCUACAAACUCCCCAAGAACAACCUCAGCCUCUCUGAUGCUGGAACUUACUACUGUGCUGUAGCUGCAUGUGGAGAGAUACUGUAUGGGAAUGGAACUAAACUCAAUGUUAAAGAUGAACCUGGAGGAGGGAGCACAUACAUUGUGAUGAUUUGUCUGGCAGUGCUGCUGUUUAUAAGCAUCACCAUCAAUAUUCUUUUGUGUUCAAUAUGCAGGCAAAAUGAGAGUACAUCACAACAGUCCGUCACAACCUCUGAUGAUGCUGUUUCAACAGUACAGUACAGUGUAAGUAAUGAGAUGAACUACGCUGCCUUGAAAUUCAACACCAAAACCACGAAGAUGAAGAGAGGGAGAAACCAUGAGGAGACUGUGUACUCUGGAGUGGCACGUCAAAGCUACAAGUGAAGACCUUCCAUACUGUAAAUGAUAUUUCCUACCAAUGUUUACCAUGAAAAACAAAUAAAACUCAUUACAAAAAC